AUGGCAGGAUGGGUGGACUGGUUCAGAGCAGACAUUGUUUCAUUCAAGACAGUGGUAUUUGUGGCACUGAUAUUCCUGUACUUGCCGCAGGUGGUGUGUAAGAUUCCUGAUCUUAAAUGCAUCAUCAGUGACCCUCUUCCUAUUCUUCACAAGCAUUAUCAGUCAGGAGACUUUAUCGUUGGUGGCGUUAUGUCUCAGAUCUACAUAUUUUCUUCUCUGGUGACCUUUAAAGGACUUCCCUCCACUGACCUCUUUGAUGACAUUGUCCAUUUCAGUCCAAGUUGGACCUAUCAUGCCUCACUGGAACUCUUCUCUACACAGGGCAGAUUUGUCCCUAACUACAAGUGUGACAUUCUGAACAAUCAGGUAGCAGUGAUCGGAGGACCUGGCUCUAAAGUUUUUCUCCACAUGGCAACCAUCCUGUCCAUGUACAAGAUUCCACAGCUCAUAUACGGGUCUGCUCGUGAGACACAUAAGAAAGAACAGGCUGUUCUCUACCACCAGAUGUUCCCAAAUUUGGACUAUCAAUAUAAGGGGAUUCUUCAGUUACUGCUUCAUUUCACAUGGACGUGGAUUGGGGUGAUAUCAGGAAAUGAUGACAGUGGAGAGAGGUUUAUACAUAAUGUAAUUCCUAUGUUUUCCCAGAGUGAUAUAUGCUUUGAAUUUAUAGAAAGAUUCCCAAUAGUGUCUUUUUCCAAUGAUAUUGCCGACAUGGUGGAAAAGGGAAUAAGCUUAUACAAUGUUGUCAUGAGAAGCACGGCUAAUGCAGUGGUGAUUCAUGGUGAAAUUGAGAGCAUGAUACUUUUGAGAAUGUUUCCCAGCCUGUCAAAUUAUGAAGAUAUAUCGAUGUCGAAAAAAGGUAAAAUUUGGAUUAUGACAGUUCAGAUGGACUUUACCUCGCUUCCCUUUCAAAGAAGUUGGGAUAUAGAAUUCCUCCAUGGUGCUCUGUCAUUUACAAUUCACUCAAAAGAGGUGUUGGGAUUCAAGAGAUUUCUUCAGAGGAGAAACCCUACCUUGGAAAACAAAGAUGGCUUCAUCAGGGUCUUCUGGGAAGAGGCAUUUGAAUGUUCCUUCUCCAAUUCCAUCACAGGCAAGCAAGUUGGGACCAUCUGCACUGGAGAAGAGAAGCUAGAAACUCUUCCUGCAUCUGUUUUUGAAACGAGCAUGACUGGCCACAGUUACAGCAUCUACAAUGCAGUCUAUGCUGUGGCACAUGCUUUGCACGCCAUGCAUUCCUCUAAAACCAAAUACAGAGCAAUGGUGAAUGAAGCUAGACUGAAGCUUCUGCAUGAAGAGCCAUGGAAGCUCAACUGCUUUCUGAGAAGCGUGUCAUUUAAUAACAGUGCUGGAGAGAAAAUGCAUUUUGACCACAAUGGAGAGUUAGAGGCUGGAUUUGAUAUUAUCAACUGGGUCACAUUCCCAAACCUUUCCUUUAUCAGAAUGAGAGUUGGAAUGAUAUAUCCCAAAGCCCUUCUGGGUGAGGAGUUCACCAUUUUGGAGAAAGCCAUUGUUUGGCCCAGCAGGUUUAACCAGGCACGGCCCAUUUCUCUGUGUAAUAACAAUUGCCAGUCGGGUUCCAGCAGGAUCAAGAUGGAAGGGAAGCCAUUUUGCUGCUACAAUUGUAUUCUGUGUCCAGAAGGGAAGAUUUCCACACAGGAAGACAUGGGUAACUGCGUUCAGUGCCCAGAAGAUCAGUAUCCAAACAUGAAAAAAGAUUCAUGUAUUCCAAAAGAGAUCAUUUUCUUGUCUUAUGAAGAACCUUUGGGGAUUACAUUGGUCAGUAUUGCUCUUUCCUUUUCUUUCAUCACAGCUUUGGUACUUGGCAUCUUCAUCCAGAACAAGGACACACCCAUAGUCAAAGCCAACAACCGCAACCUCUCCUACACUCUCCUCGUCUCCCUCCUGCUCUCCUUCCUUUGUGUUUUCUUAUUCAUUGGCCAACCUGAGACAAUGACUUGUCUCCUUCGACAAACUGCUUUUGCCAUCAUCUUCUCAGUGGCGGUUUCCUGUGUGUUGGCCAAAACUAUCAUUGUAGUUCUGGCUUUCAUGGCCACCAAACCUGGGUCCAGCAUGAGGAAAUGGAUCGGGAAGAGACUGGCAUCAUCUAUUGUUUUUUCUUGCUUCCUUGCACAAGUCACUAUUUGUACUGUGUGGCUGACAAUCUCUCCCCCAUUCCCCAAUUUCAACACAGACUCUUUGACUAAAGAAAUUGAUUGGGAAUGUAAUGAAGGCUCAGCCAUCAUGUUCUACUGUGUUUUGGGCUUGAUGGGCUUCCUGGCGGUUGUCAGCUUCACAGUGGCUUUCCAAGCCAGGAAAUUGCCUGACAGUUUUAAUGAAGCCAAAUUCAUCACCUUCAGCAUGUUGGUCUUUUGCAGUGUGUGGCUCUCCUUUGUUCCCACCUACCUGAGCACAAGGGGGAAAUAUAUGGUAGCAGUGGAGACCUUCUCCAUCAUCGCUUCCAGUGCUGGCUUACUGCUUUUUAUCUUUUCUCCAAAAUGCUAUAUCAUUGUGUUGAGGCCUGAGUUGAACAACAAGGAGCAUCUAAGAAGAAACAUUUGA